AUGGAGGCUUCUACUAACCAGGAGGUUGGUGGAGUACCUUCGGUGCCUCAAUCAAGCAUGGCGACCACUAUCGAUCUCAAGGUUGUUCACAUAUCCUAUGCGCCCGGAAUUGAUCCCCUUAGUCUGAUGAAAAUGCCACUCGCCAACAUCGGCAGUGGAGAUAUCAGCGAGGACGAGUGCAACGGUUUCGAGAAACAGCUUGAGCACAUUCCCAACCUGAAGUCACACAGUGACCCGAAAACCUUCAGCUGGGCCCAUCGCUCCCUCUUUGAGAUCGGAAAUGAGAAAGUGGCUUACGGUAUCGGGAAAGAGCCGAUGAUCUACAUGGUGUAUAUGUGCCGGGAUGCGAAUGCGGGACUUCCACAUAACCAGUACCUAGAAGACAUGGUCCGGGAUGUCUACGACCAUCCACGCGCGACUCUGAUGCCCCCGAUCAAGGUAUAUGGAGACGCUUACGUUUUCAUGAGGAAGCCGUAUUCGAAGGAACCGGAUGAGUCUCAGCGGGCGACAUAUGUUGACAUGGAUAAGGGUUUUGUUGUGGACGCGACGCAUGGCGUCCGUGCGCAGGUUAUGUUGCGAAACCUCUUGAUGUAUUCGCCGGAGAGAACGUAA